AUGCUCCCAGGUUUGACUGACUACUUGAAAUCAAAAGAGAUCACAGGAACUGUCCUGUUCUGCUUCAAAGCAAAUACCACACAUAAAGGAUCUGAAAAUGCUUGUGAAAAGACUUCAUUUAUGUUUCUGCGACAAGAGUUGCCUGUAAGACUGGCAAACAUAAUGAAGGAAAUAAGUCUUCUUCCAGACAACCUUCUAAGAACACCUUCAGUUCAACUGGUACAGAGCUGGUAUGUUCAAAGUCUUCAGGAGAUCCUUGACUUCAAGGACAAAAGUUCAGAAGAUUCAGGAGCUGUUCAUAGUUUUACAGAUACUGUGAUAAAAAUCCGGAAUCGACACAACGACGUAAUUCCUACUAUGGCUCAAGGAGUAAUAGAGUACAAGGAAAGCUUCGGCAUUGAUCCAGUGACCUCUCAGAAUGUGCAGUACUUUUUAGACCGUUUUUACAUGAGUCGCAUUUCAAUUCGAAUGCUCCUUAAUCAACACUCUCUGCUAUUUGGUGGGAAAAUUAAUCCAGCUCAUCCAAAACACAUUGGAAGCAUCGAUCCUAACUGCAAUGUUGUUGAAGUUAUCAGAGAUGGCUAUGAAAGUGCUAAGAGACUUUGUGAUUUAUAUUACAUGAGCUCUCCAGAGUUCAUCCUUGAAGAGUUGAAUGCUAAAUCACCAGGACAGCCCAUGCAAGUGGUAUAUGUACCAUCACAUCUCUAUCACAUGGUUUUUGAGCUUUUCAAGAAUGCAAUGAGAGCUACCAUGGAACACAAUGCUGACCGAUGCAUUUAUCCUCCAAUUCACGUACAUGUCACGUUGGGAAAUGAGGAUUUAACUGUGAAGAUGAGUGAUCGUGGCGGAGGUGUUCCUAUGAGGAAAAUCGACAGACUGUUCAACUAUAUGUAUUCAACAGCACCACGUCCCCGUGUUGAGACAUCACGAGCUACACCAUUGGCUGGAUUUGGUUAUGGCUUGCCCAUAUCACGUCUGUAUGCACAGUACUUCCAAGGAGAUCUGAAACUGUAUUCCUUAGAAGGGUAUGGUACAGAUGCAGUUAUUUACAUAAAGGCCUUAUCAACAGAAUCAGUUGAAAGACUUCCUGUGUAUAACAAAGCAGCUUGGAAACAUUAUAAGGCAAACCACGAAGCAGAUGAUUGGUGCGUGCCAAGCAGCGAACCCAAGGACAUGACCACUUUUCGCAGUAUAUAAUUUUUUUCCUUAGGAGUUCGUAAGUAGUAGACAUAUGUCUGUAAAGGGAAUUUUUAAAAAAAACCUGGGUUAGACCAAGCAACUAACCCAUAUUUGAUGUGUGAAAAUCAUUUUAAGUGGAGUAAUAGGAAGCUUAGUUCAAAUUACUGUUUUCUGCCAGUACGCAGAAGACAGUGCAUACUUUCAAUUUUUCAGUAAAGAAGGCACGCUUAAUUUAUUUGUUCCACCUUCUAUUUACAACUACUUUCAGUAGGUAAAUCUAGGGAGCAGUAAUUUCAGGUUUUAUAGGGACCAAUGCAACCUACUUUGUAUCUGGUGAAAAGAAGGUAAUUCAUACCAUUACAAAAUUCUUUUAAUAGAAGAAUUAUUGAAAGUUUACCAGAGGAAAUUUGUCAUUAUAAGCGCCUACCAGAUUAAUGAAAACCCUAUGUAAGAAAUAUUAAGCUCAGUGCUGUAUCAUUUGCAGCUGUAUGGCACUUUUUAAUUCCUUGAUUCUUAAGCAUACUGACAUCUAAUUUUCUGAAGUUAGAAAUUUUACCUAACACUUUAUACUUCAGAGAUUUUUUGCAGCUGUAGAAAUAACCAAUUUUGGGUCUGUAGAGGUUUAAAAAAAAAGAAAAAAAAAGAUAAAAAGCAGUUUUAGCUGCUGCCACUGGUAUAAUUUAUCUCAGGUAUGUGGUAUUAGUCAUAGUUCUUUAUAGUACUUGGUUGUAAUGUGAAUAUUUAAUACAUGUGAAAAACUUAUCUUGCCAUGAUCAUUGUGAACUAGCACACAGUGUUGGCUUGUGUACAGUAAAUAAAUAAUGUCUUACAGUG